AUGGAAUUCCAAAGUCCUCCUCAACUGAGACAUCUUGGGAACACUUUUGGAAGGCAAUCUCCCUUCUGAGUAACCGGUUAAAGAUUAAAGGAUCUGUUUAUUAAUACUGAAAUUGCUGAUGGGUUCCCAGAAGGUUCUAGUGCAGUGGAUGAUCUCAAGACUUGGGCAUCAGAAGAUGCAAGGCUACACUAAAAGAAAGGUUAAAAAUUAAAUGUUCCCCAUUGACGUGAUGAGGUCAAAGAAUGCAGUAUAGGUUUACCAGUGAGUAGAAAAAUUCCUCACUGAAGCUGAGUGAAAAGUCUUCCGGGAAGGAGGAAGGGCUGUCUGUCUUAAUCAGUGGAUGGAGACCAAACCCAUCAACAAGAAGAUAAGUAUCAAAUGGAGAACCAGUGCCUUCCCAAGAAAGCUCCAGGUUUCUGUUCCUUUCGAUAUGGACUGGCUAUCUUUUUGCACUUCUGUAAUAUUGUCAUCAUGGCCCAGAGAGUAUGCUUGAACCUCACCAUGGUAGCCAUGGUGAACAGCACAGAGCCACCUCAUUUACAUAAUGGAUCUACAUUGGAGACGCUAGAUGAUCUAAAGAACCCUGUGUAUUCCUGGAGUCUUGAUAUCCAAGGACUUAUUCUCAGUUCUGUCAUGUUUGGUAUGAUCACAGCUCAAAUUCCUGUUGGGUACCUAUCUGGAAUAUACCCAAUGAAGAGAAUAAUUGGGUCUUCAUUGCUCCUCAGCUCUGUGUUGUCCCUGCUCAUCCCACCAGCGGCACAAGUUGGAGCAACCUUAGCUAUUGUGUGUCGAGUACUCCAGGGAAUAGCUCAGGGGACAGUGUCAACGGGCCAGCAUGGAGUAUGGGUCAAAUGGGCACCUCCCUUGGAACGAGGCCGACUUACCUCAAUGACUCUAUCAGGGUUUUCAAUGGGACCAUUUAUUGUCCUGCUUGUGAGUGGAUUCAUCUGUGAUCUCCUGGGCUGGCCCAUGGUUUUCUACAUUUUUGGUAUCAUUGGCUGUGUUCUGAGUCUUUCCUGGUUCCUUCUGUUCUAUGAUGACCCCAAGGACCACCCGUAUAUGAGCACCAGUGAGAAGGACUACAUCACAUCCUCUCUUAACCAGCAGGUAGACUUGCCCAGACAAUCUCUGCCAAUCAAAGCUAUGCUUAAGUCUCUUCCACUCUGGGCUAUUAUCGUCAAUAACUUUGCUUUCAUAUGGUGCAACAGUUUCCUGGUUACAUAUACGCCGACAUUUAUUAGCACAGUGCUUCAUGUUAAUAUUAGAGAGAAUGGGCUGCUGUCUAGCCUCUCCUAUCUGUUUGCCUACAUCUGUGGUAUGGUAGCAGGUCAGCUGUCAGACUUUUUCCUGUCCAGGAAGAUUUUCAGCGUACUUACUGUCCGGAAACUCUUCACCACACUAGGGAUUUUCUGUCCUGUGAUCUUCAUCAUGUGCCUGCUCUACCUGAGCUUCGACUUCUACAGCACCAUCAUUUUCCUGAUUUUUGCCAAUUCGACGCUCAGCUUUUCCUUUGGUGGCUGCUUAAUCAAUGCCUUGGAUAUUGCUCCCAGAUAUUAUGGACUUAUUAAAGCAGUUUCAUCUUUAUUUGGAAUGACUGGAGGCCUAAUUUCUUCAACUAUGGCUGGGUUGAUCCUUAAUCAGGAUCCAGAAAAUGCUUGGCAUAUAAUCUUCUUCUUGAUGGCAGGCAUUAAUGUGGCAUCCCUGACUUUCUACCUUCUAUUUGCCAAGGGAGAAAUUCAGGACUGGGCUAAAGAAACAGAAAACACACGACUGUGAAGGAUGGCCAAUUUUGAAAGAAAAUAUAGAAGAAAUCAGUUUCCUCUUUGAUGGGCCCAGGGAGAAAUCAAACUUUUUAUCUGCAACAGCUAAAGAUGAAUGAUGAACAAACAAAAACUAGGGACUGGCAAGAUAGCUCAGCAGUUAAGAAGACUGACUGUUCUCCUAGAGGACCCGGGUUCGAUUCCCAGCACCCACAUAGCAGCUAACAACCACCAGUAACUCCAGUUUCAAGGGAUCCAAUGCCCUCUUGUGGCCUCCAUAACCACUGCACACUUACAGUGCACAGGCAUAAUACAUACAGGCAAAACCCUUGUAUGCAUAAAAUCAAAACAAGUGAAUUUCAAAAAAGGAAAAGAAAACAAAAACUAAAAGAGUCAAGGGAGGGAAAAAAGAUGGAUUAAUGAAGACUUUGGAUAGCUGACUCUGUGCCUUAAUGAGACCUGGGUCAGUUCAAGGAUUGCCAAAGAGAGUGGUGGUGUCACAUCCAGGUUUCUGACACUGUAACACCAUAAGAAAAGGAGCCCAUGGGCUCUGAAAGCAAGGUGCAUAAAUUUGGGGCAAAAUUGGUUCCUUUUCUCCUGUCUCCAUUAGCUUUAACUGUCAACUUGACAUAGCCUAGAGUCACCUGAGAAGGGAGUCUCAAUCAACGUAUUAGUCAGAUCAAAUUGGCCUUUGGGCAUGUGUGUGGGAUUGAUUGAUUGUUAGCUGGUGCAAGAUGGUCCAGCCUGUUGGUGGGCAGCAUCACCCUAAAGCGCAUAGUCCUGGGCUGUAUAAGGAAGUUAGCAAAGUAUGAGCCUGUGGGUGAGCUGGCAAGUGGCAUUCCUCCAUGGCUUCUGCUUCACGUCCCUGCUUGAGUCCCCACCCUGACUUCCCUCAAUGAUGGACCAUGACCUAGAUGUGUAAGUCAAAUAAAUCCUUUCCUCCUGUAA